AUGCCGAACGGAAACUGGAUCCUCGGCGACCUCUUCCUCAAGGACUACGGCCACGAAGGCAGCAUCAAGAAAUUAUGGGAGAUGCGAUGGAUGUUUCCCUGCAAACUAGGCGUAUACCCCUUCCAUGACGGCAAAUUCGAGGACUUCGAACCAAUUUUCAGCCAUCUCAUAUCGAAGGAUAUCAAUGAUCCGUUCUCAGACAAGUACACCUCCUCCUUCCUUCCCACCGCCCGGUCCCUUGCAAAGCAAGCCCAGGACCUAGAAUCCUCGGAUAAAGAGCAGGCAAAGAAGAUGUACUUGAGGGCAAAUGCCGUAUACAGACUGUCCAGAUUUCCAUACAUCGAUACAGAAUUGAAGAAAACCGCCUUCGAAGAACAAAAAACGGCCUACCUUCGUGGCGCUGCGUUAUGGGAUGUCCCCGUCACCGAAACAAUCAUUGCCCACAAAUACGCUUCUAACAACGACGGCGAUAAAAUCCCCCUCUAUAUCCGCAAACCUCCCGGGAAAGGCCCGUUCCCUACCGUACUGCUGAUCACAGGCCUCGACGGCCACCGCCCCGACAACACGGAGCGCACCACAGAGCAUCUAUCUCGCGGUUGGGCAACCGUCAUCUGCGACAUCCCCGGUACAACGGUAGAUUGUCCUGCCAAUAGACGGGAUCCGCUAUCACCUGACCGGCUGUUCUCUUCGAUACUGGAUUGGAUUAGAGAUGAACAGGAACUGGAUGAGACAAAGGUGGUGGCAUGGGGUUUGUCGGCGGGAGGGUAUUAUGCGAUCAGAUUGGCGCAUACACAUAGGGAGAUGUUGAAGGGCGCGAUUGGUCAUGGGGCCGGGACGCAUCAUUAUAUUGGGAGGGAGUGGCUGGAGCAGGUGCAUAGGCAUGAGUAUCCGUUCGGGCUUGAGAGGGCGUACGUUGGCAAAUACGGAUACGCCGAUUGGAAAGAGAUGUUGGAGAGGUGUCAGGAUGAGUUUAGUCUUGUUAGUGGGAAAGGGGAGGGGGUUGCGGUUGUGGGGGAUGGUAUGAAGAGUUGUAGGCUGUUGCUAAUUAAUGGGGUGUUAGAUGGGUGUAUGCCGAUGGAGGAUAGUGUGUUAUUGAGUGAGUAUGGGACUCCGAAGGAGUUGAGGAUGGUGCAGGGGAGGGCGCAUAUGGGGUAUCCGGAGGCCAACUCAUUUGUGUAUCCUUGGAUGGAGAGUAUAAUGAAUGCGUAA